CCGCCCGGCCCCGCCCCCCGCCAGCCGUGAGGUCACCGCGCCCGGGCCCGGGCAGCCCCGCUGCCGGCGGCGGGGUCGGAGGCGGGGGGAGCCCGAGGGCGCUUGCCGCUGGUGGAUCCCCGGCGCUUGUGGGAGGAGGAAGGAAGGUUGUCCAACCAGAACGUGUCAGCUCGGUGCGGGCUCGCGUUUCUUUCCCCUACCAGGACGUAAGCCUGCCACAAAGGAGCUGAAGUUCAAGUAAGGCUGCCUCAGCCUCGCGCGGAGUGAUGGACUCCAGGCUUUGAAAGGCGAGCGUCGAGCUCUGCCCGCUCCCCCGCGGAAGGUCUCCCCGCGCCUCCGGGGCCGAGCCCGGGCGGCCAGGCUGUGAGAAGUCUUGAGGAAGAAAAAGGGAGAAAGAGAAAAAAAGGAAUUGUGCAGAGCCCCUCGUUACUCCCUUCUCUAACCCCGGCACGGCGCACAGGGCUGCCCAGCUGUAGACGUCAGGUCACUGACGAGUUACGCUUUUGACACGACCAGCCAAGAGAGAUGUCACAGCUCCUGUGGACGAGCUGUUCUGGAAACCUUCGGUGAGAGGACUGUAAAGGACCGAAGAAAGAAGCCAAAGGAGACGGGGAAGAACACCUUAGAAAAGGUGACAUGCAGGCAAGAUCAUGAGAGAGAAGCAUUUCAGCACAGUCUAAUCAUGCUGAUGUCAUUCACUGAUGGCUUACCUUCUGCAAACAGUGGUCAAACACUGCAACAGGUUUCCUAGAGAGAGUUUAAAAAGUUAUUUGCAGAAGAAUAUUUGACCAGAACUAGAGGAUCAUGAUGACAAGAAGAUUCAUCUGUUUAAUGCUAAUAACUGUUGUGGGAGCUACUGCAAGCAAAACACAGGAAUUUGAAGGCAAUGACGAGGAAACAGAACAAGAAUUCAUUUAUAUGAACCGAUAUAAGCGUUCCAGUGACCCACAGGACAAAUGCACUUACACCUUUAUUGUACCUCAACAGAGAGUGACAGGUGCCAUUUGUGUUAAUUCUAAGGAGCCUGAAGUUCUACUUGAAAACAGGGUAAAUAAACAAGAAUUACAGUUACUUAACAAUGAACUACUUAAACAAAAGAGACAAAUAGAAACUCUCCAGCAACUGGUAGAGGUGGAUGGUGGGAUUGUUAAUGAGGUUAAACUCUUAAGAAAAGAGAGCAGAAAUAUGAAUUCUCGUGUCACACAACUCUAUAUGCAGUUACUACAUGAAAUUAUCCGAAAACGUGACAAUGCCUUAGAACUUUCUCAGCUUGAGAAUAAGAUUUUGAACCAAACUGCAGAUAUGUUGCAGCUUGCAAACAAAUACAAAGACUUAGAGCACAAGUACCAACAUUUGAUGUCAAUUGCCAAUAAUCAGUCAAUAAUAAUUGCCCAACUGGAAGAACACUGUCAAAGAAUGCCAUCUGUAAAGCCACUGCCACAAACUCCACAGCCACCAAAUAAAGUGUACCAGCCUCCUACUUACAAUCGCAUUAUUAACCAGAUAUCUACUAAUGAGAUUCAGAGUGAUCAGAACUUAAAGGUUCUGCCACCUACCUUACCAACCAUGCCUGCAGUUACUAGUAUUCCAACUUCAACUGAUAAACCAUCUGGGCCCUGGAGAGACUGUCUACAAGCAUUAGAAGAUGGCCAUGAUACAAGCUCCAUCUAUCUUGUAAAACCAGAAAACACAAACCAGCUUAUGCAGGUCUGGUGUGAUCAACGGCAUGACCCUGGUGGCUGGACAGUCAUUCAGAGACGGCUGGAUGGAUCUGUCAACUUUUUCAGGAACUGGGAGACAUACAAGCAAGGAUUCGGUAAUAUAGAUGGAGAAUAUUGGCUCGGACUAGAAAAUAUUUAUUGGUUAACAAAUCAAGGCAACUACAAACUGCUCAUAACAAUGGAAGACUGGUCAGGUCGAAAAGUAUUUGCUGAGUAUGCUAGCUUCAGACUGGAGCCAGAAAGCGAAUAUUACAAGUUGAGAUUGGGACGCUACAAUGGCAAUGCGGGAGAUUCUUUCACUUGGCACAAUGGUAAACAGUUCACCACGCUGGACCGGGACCAUGAUGUAUACACAGGUAAUUGUGCUCAUUACCAGAAGGGAGGAUGGUGGUACAAUGCAUGUGCUCAUUCAAAUCUCAAUGGAGUUUGGUAUCGUGGAGGACACUACCGCAGUCGGUAUCAGGAUGGUGUAUACUGGGCUGAAUUCCGGGGGGGAUCAUAUUCACUAAAGAAAGUUGUUAUGAUGAUAAGACCUAACCCCAACACAUUCCACUGAAAUAAUUCUCUUGGUUUGCUGUCUUAUUCUAAAAAUCAUGUAAAGCUAUGAUGUUAUUACCUGGAAUUAUCUUUUCAGAAAUGAGGAAUGUAAGAUAUUGUACAUUUAUUGCUAACAUGUGAGGGCUUGUAUAUUAUAUUUUCAAGAAUCAUUCCAGGGAAAAAAAGCUGAAGAAAAAAAAGGAACUGAAAUGACGUAACGUUCAGAACACCUCUUGGUACUCAAAGUAGUUAUAUUAAGCCUUUUAGAACUGGCAGUUUAGAUGGACUGUAGAUAACUUUCCAGUUUUUAUUCCCUGUAAAUUAAGUUUGGAUGGUAAAAAUACUGCCACAACAUUUAAAUAUUUUUGUAUGUUAUAUUAUGUAUAAAUAUUCUCAAAUACAGGAAAUAUUACAAACUGUACAGCAAGAGUUUUAUUAUUAUUAUUAUGAGCAACCAUUUGACACAGGAAAUUGUAUCCUUUGAACUGUGUAGCUGGUAUAUGUACAUUAGUGUGAUUAUUCCGAUUUAAUCUUUGUUAACUGCCAUGAAUAAAGGUAGUACUAUAUAAUUUGAUUUUGAGAGCAGAUACUCAAACCAUUACUGUUGUGAUAAAUCCAGCCUUUCCCCUUCACUUUGAGCAUUUUUAAUAAUCUGCUCCUAUAAAUCAGAAUUUACGUUUGAUUCAAAUAUUUUAGAUUAAAAACCCUAAUGAUUUUUCUUACCAAAAUGAAGUAGCUACCUGCAUAUGGAAAUUAAUCCAGAUUUACAACAGAUAUAACAUGCUGUAUAGCCAACAUGUUAUACUACGCAACAACUGUCACAGUAUUUUGUACCUGACUUCAGUCAUUACCUGCUGUGUAGCCUCUGUAAUCAGAAAUGGCUGGAUAUAAAUUAAAGGGACUAUCCAACUUUGCAGGCAAAUGAUGGAUACCAAUAUAUAAGCUAUUUAAUAUCCUUAGCCAGUAGAUGAAAAUUAUAUAAAGAAGUUACCUGUAGCCAAGAGAAGUUAUAUUUACCAUAUUUCACAAUUAUAACAUAUUACUGUCAAAUUAUUAAACAGAUUUACUCAUCUAUAUUUAGAGGUCAGUCACAACUAUGAAACACAGACUGGAAUAAUUCUAAUAUUCUUCUGAGACAGGUUUCUAGAACAGAUUGUUAUAACACCCAUUUCAAAACAGCAGCUACUAUGAAAAAUAUGUUAAAGAAUGCAUAUAAGAGGGAGAGCAAAAGCCUCUAGAAGUUCAAUUUUUUUUCAGUAAGCCUGUAUGAUACUUACUGUGCAUUUGUGUGCACAUGCUUGCACACUUUUUCCCUUAUUACCUCAUCACUUCUUUACAACAGUAUGAUGUGCAUUAAACUGAUGUGUGAUGUAGCAUGUGUUGUAUAUAACUGAAAGUAGGGUUAUUAAUAUAUUAGAUUACCCCUGUAAUAUUGUAAUCCUUUAAUAAAGCAACAAAUGUUAUUUUGACA